GAAGUUAGCCGUUUGUUCUGCGUAACUGGGCUUUUAGAAAGGUAUACAAAUGCUCUCCGUCAGCCGGACACCAAGCCAAAGGGCUGUGCCGGCUGCAACCGGAAGAUUAAGGACCGAUAUCUGCUCAAGGCCCUGGAUAAAUACUGGCACGAGGACUGUCUCAAGUGUGCCUGCUGUGACUGCAGGCUGGGAGAGGUGGGCUCCACGCUCUAUACCAAAGCCAACCUCAUCCUCUGUCGGAGAGAUUACCUACGGUUGUUUGGGGUAACAGGGAACUGUGCGGCCUGCAGUAAGCUGAUCCCAGCCUUUGAGAUGGUGAUGAGAGCUAAAGAGAAUGUCUAUCACCUGGACUGCUUCGCCUGUCAGCUCUGCAAUCAGAGGUUUUGUGUGGGAGACAAGUUCUUCCUGAAGAACAAUAUGAUCCUGUGUCAGACGGACUACGAGGAGGGGCUGAUGAAGGAGGGAUACGCCCCGCAGGUUCGCUGACUACAGAUGAAGAGCAGAGAGAGAGAGGGGUGGGGGGGGUGAUUGAGGAGAGCAGAGAGAGACUGAAGGAAGCAGGAGGAGAGCCAUCCAAUCAGACUGAAGGGAGGAGGAGGAGAGACAUCCAAUCAGAUUGAAGGGAGGAGGAGGAGAGACAUCCAAUCGGACUGAAGGGAGGAGGAGAGACAUCCAAUCGGACUGAAGGGAGGAGGAGGAGAGACAUCCAAUCAGACUGAAGGGAGGAGGAGGAGAGACAUCCAAUCAGACUGAAGGGAGGAGGAGGAGAGUCAUCCAAUCAGACUGAAGGGAGGAGGAGGAGAGUCAUCCAAUCAGACUGAAGGGAGGAGGAGGAGAGACAUCCAAUCAGACUGAAGGGAGGAGGAGGAGAGACAUCCAAUCAGACUGAAGGGAGGAGGAGGAGAGACAUCCAAUCGGACUGAAGGGAGGAGGAGGAGAGACAUCCAAUCGGACUGAAGGGAGGAGGAGGAGAGACAUCCAAUCGGACUGAAGGGAGGAGGAGGAGAGACAUCCAAUCAGACUGAAGGGAGGAGGAGGAGAGACAUCCAAUCAGACUGAAGGGAGGAGGAGGAGAGUCAUCCAAUCAGACUGAAGGGAGGAGGAGGAGAGACAUCCAAUCAGACUGAAGGGAGGAGGAGGAGAGACAUCCAAUCAGACUGAAGGGAGGAGGAGGAGAGACAUCCAAUCAGACUGAAAGGAGGAGGAGAGCCAUCCAAUCAGACUGAAGGGAGGAAGGAGGAGAGACAUCCAAUCAGACUGAAGGAAGGAAGGAAGGAAGGAAGGAAGGAAGGAAGGAAGGAAGGAAGGAAGGAAGGAAGGAAGGAAGGAAGGAAGGAAGGAAGGAAGGAGGAGAGCCAUCCAAUCAGAUUGAAGGAAGGAAGGUGGAAAGCCAUCCAAUCAGACACCAAAAGCACUACUACAACUCUCUCUCUCUCUCUCUCUCUCUCUCUCUUCCUCUCCAAUGUCAGAGUCCUAUCGUGUAUAUAACCAACCAACAACCAACGUUCAACCUGGAAGGGACCGUUUCUCAGCUGUACAGAAUAGCCAUAGAGACUGGCUGUUAGAGACUGGCCAUAGAGACUAAGGGUUGUCAGGGGAGGAGGGGGGAGGGGAGCCCCUUACAAGGUCACAAUGGACGACAUGUACAAAAGUUGACUUUGUUUGUGUUCUGAAGGAUGAUGCCUCUUCCCCACAACCAAACACUGGCUUUACAAUGAUACCCCAAUCCACCUUCGCCCCCUGCCCCCUCCCAGGAAAAAGAGACACAAAUACUUACACCCCUCCUCCCCAAUGUCCACCCGUCCCCCCCUCCCCAAUGUCCACCCCCCCCCCUCCCCAAUGUCCACCCCCUCCCCAAUGUCCAGUCCCCCCCUCCCCAAUG